UGAACAAAAUGGAGGAGGAAAACCACCUCAAUCCACCACAAAAAACUCAUCACAAAAUCCACGAAUUCGAAACCAAUAAACCAGCACCCAAACAAGAAGGCGCGAGCAAAACCCUAGUUUACAUCCUCAUCGCCGUCGUUCUACUAAGCAUCGCCUUCUUAAUAUUCGGCCUCGUCGUGCUCCGAAUCAAGCCUCCGUCUCUCCGCCUAUCAAACGUCGUCGUACAGGGCCUCCGCUACAAUGCCUCCUCGCUAAACAUGACCGUGAUCGCCGAUCUCACCCUCCACAACACGAAUUUCGGCCGCUUCGACUUUCGCGGCGGAAGCGUCGCUUUGUUGUACGGCAACGCCACGUUUGGGGCGGCGAGCAUCCACGGCGGAAGAGUUGGCGGCCGGGAGAGGGGACGGAUCGGCGCGGCCGUGGAGGUGAGCGGCGGGCCGUCGGAGAAUUAUAUGAAUAUUAGCAGAGAUAUUGAAUUGAAUUUGGUGAGAUUAACGACGGUGGCGGAAUUGCGAGGUGAGAUUAGAGUGAUGAAGAUUGUUAAUAGGCAUAGAACUGCUUCGAUGAAUUGUAGCAUGGAUGUUAAUUUGAGGGGCCAACAAGUUCAGAAUUUAUCAUGUCAAUGAACAUAUUAUUAACCAUCUUGAUCUAGAUACAUAUCUCAUAUUUAUUUUCUUUUUCUUUUUUUUUUAAUGUAAUUUAUCUAGCAUUAUGUUUAUUUAAAUCCAGAUUUUUCUUUGUCGGU